AUACGCGAUAAAAUUUAAAUCGGCUUUACCCGAUUUUCCGUCUCGGCAGUCGCACCGCAUACGAACCACACGUGUUGUACUGGUAUUACAAUAUUAUUAUGGACAGUCCUUGGUACAAAUCGACGGAUUCGUUGACGUGGGCGUUGACAAGGAAAAAGGCAGAUGAACCGAGCAAAGAAAAACUCAACCGGGUAUUGACCUUAUUCGACUUGACCGCAUUGGGCACCGGCGCUACAUUGGGAUGCGGUGUCUACGUGUUGGCCGGAGCAGUGGCCAGUUCAAUCGCCGGCCCAGCCGUAGUCCUGUCCUUCGUCAUUGCCGCUGUGGUGUCAGCGUUUUCUGGACUUUGUUAUGCUGAGUUAGCUGGCCGAGUACCCAAAGCUGGAUCUGCGUACAUCUACAGUUACGUGGCAGUUGGUGAGUUCACCGCGUUCGUCAUCGGCUGGAAUCUAAUCAUCGAAUAUCUUAUUGGAACCGCCGGCUCGGCCAAGGCUAUGAGCAAUUACUGCGAUUCUUUGCUGGGAAAUCCGCAGAAAAGAUAUAUGACUGAAUAUUUUCCCAUACACAUUAGCUUCUUGGGCAAUUAUCCUGAUUUUGCGUCAUUUGUGGUGAUCGUCGUCAUCGCCCUAUUGGUGGCUUGGGGUGUGCGUGAAUCGUCGUUUACCAACAACAUAUUUACCGCAUUAAAUCUGGUAACCGUUGGCAUCGUGAUCGUCACAGGGUUUUACAAAGCGGAUUACUCAAACUGGUCUAUUCCGAAAAGCGAAAUACCACCCGAUGCCAAAGGCGGCGAAGGCGGAUUCUUACCAUUUGGAUGGGUCGGCGUAGCAGCGGGAGCUGCAAAAUGUUUCUACGGAUUUAUUGGUUUUGAUUCGAUCGCCAUGACUGGUGAAGAAACGAAAAAUCCCAAAAGAGACAUACCGCUUGCGAUCGUCGCGUCUCUGUUUCUGAGCACGAUCGCUUAUUGCGGCGUGGCCUCCGUUUUGACACUCAUGUGGCCUUACUAUUUGCAGGAUGCGGAUGCACCACUUCCGGCUCUAUAUGAAAAUUUGGAUAUGCCAACGAUAAAGAUUAUAGUCACAGGUGGUGCGAUAUUUGCUUUGUGCACAAGUCUUUUGGGUACACUAUUUCCACUGCCUCGUAUCUUGUACGCGAUGGCAAGCGACGGUCUGAUUUUCAAGUUUUUGUCGAAUAUCAACGCCACGACCAAGACUCCUUUGAUAUCCACGGUCAUUUGCGGACUUUUCGCUGGUACUUUGGCUGCCGUAUUCAAUCUCGAGCAGCUCGUCGAUAUGGCGUCCAUCGGCACACUACAGGCCUACACUAUCGUUUGCAUUUGCGUGUUGAUAUUGCGGUACACCGACAACAGUCCGUCCAUCCAAGACGACACAACGAAGUCGAAAGGUAUCACGGUUUUCACAUGGUUGAAUUUGUCGAACGCAAAAGUGCCGAACUCCGAUACUCAAUACGUGUCAAGGGCGUUGAUAUUUAUAUAUAGUGUAUGUACGUUUGUGUUUGGAAUAAGCUUGGCGAACAUGGAAUCACAUCAUGGAAACACGAGGAACGUACUCAUGAUAAUAAAUAUAAUAUCAAUUUUGGUGUUGUUGGUUACAUUGUUCAUGCUGAGCAGACUUCCGACAGCUGUGGAAGAUCUAUCGUUCAAGGUACCUUUGGUUCCCAUCAUACCAUGUUUGAGCAUUGUGCUAAAUGUUUACCUGAUGAUGGAACUAGAGUACAAGACUUGGAUAAGUUUCACCGUGUGGCUCGUAUGUGGAUUAUUGAUAUAUUUGUUCUACGGCAUUGGUCACAGUUUGGAAGGCAAUAAGCAAAAAAUCAACAUAACCACAAAUCAAAUCAAACUGAAACAAUCCAGUUAGUUGUUUGGAUAUUUGUUAAAUUACUCAUUAAUUUGAAUGAAUACCAUUGGAUUCUUCAUCUGUUUUUAAAAAUAUGUAUAUUUAUAUUAAUGACCUGUAUUGGUAGGUACUUAUCAGUAUUUAUAUAAUAUUAUUGUGUCGCAAUCGUUGCAUGCACAUAAUGAAACAAUUAUACAUAAUAUUGUAUUGGUUAUAAUUAAAAACCUUUGUAUGAA